AUGGAUCCAUAUGACAUACCAAUAUCUUCUAAAUGGGAUCCGAAUAAAAAAGUAGAAUUAUAUGAUAUGGUGGUAAAGAUUGAAAAUUUAUUGGAUAUUAAAACCGGAUGGCCAAUAUCUUAUCCAUAUUAUGAUUAUUAUGAAAAAACAUCCCAAAAUCCAGGAGGAAUUUUUGCUCCUAUCAAAUCUUUUGCUGCUCCAUCAAAUGAAAAAAUGUGUGAAACAAAAAAAAAACUAUUAAAUGAUCUAAAUCAAGGAAAGAGAAAGGCUAUUGUAUGUGCUCUUGGACUAUAUAAUAAAGGUAAAAGCUAUGUUCUAUCAAGAUUAUUUGGUUUAAAUUUGAAUAGUUCUUAUUAUCAACAUACUGAAGGUUUAUCUGUUGUUUCUUCAAGAUCAACAAUGUCUGAUGUUCUAAUUGGAUUGGAUACACAAGGAUCACAGAAACCAGUUAAACCACCUUACACAAUCAGAGAUUCAGAAGCAACUGAAAGAUUCCUUCAAGAAUUGGCUUUACAUUUAUCAGAUGUUGUAUUAAUUGUUGUUGAUAGAUUAACAAGAGAUGAUCAAUCAUACAUUAAACAAGUUAAACAAAAAUAUUCUUUAAUUGCAGGAAAAAAUGCUUCAAACGUUAUUAUUGUCCAUAAUCUUUCUCAUGUAAGAACUGUUGAAAAAUUGAAAACUGUUAUUGUUGAAGAGGUUGAAACUAUAUUUAAUGCUGUGAGAAGUGAAAAUCUAAGUUGUAAAUGCCAUUACUGGACCAAUAAAGACGAUGGUACAAGACAUGUUGUAAUUGCACAAGAUGAAAAUAAAUUAGAUGGAACACCAGAGUCCAGAGCUGGUCAAAUUUCAAAUGUACCAACAUUCUCAUUACUUAAAGAAUGGGUCCAAUCAAUUGCAGCUAUUCAAAAAGAAAGUGGUGACUUAGUAAACAACGUAAUAGAAUCAUCAAAUAAAUUAAUUAAAUACUACAUUGAUCAUCCAAAUCUCAAACUAUGUAGAAGUGUUGAUAAAAAAAACAUUGUAAUUUCUCCACCCCUUCAAAAUGAAACAUUAUCAUAUUGUCCAAACAUUAGAUUUAAUAUGGUAGGAAUUAUUGAUGAAGUAAAUAACACUCAGCCUUCAAUAGUUAAAGAAGACAAUACCCACUACCAUAUCUAUGUGGAUUGUACAGGAUACGACUUGAAUGAUUUGGCAAUGACAAUUGAAGAAAUUAGUGAUUCAAAGAAAAUUAAAAUCGUUAGUACAAAACCAAGAUCAUUUAGUCCAAAUGGGGAUGAUGAUAAUGAUGAGGGAAAAACUAUUGUCCAUGAUGAUUUUAAAUUCAACCAAAACAAAUUAAUGGAGUGGUCUUAUAUAUUUCCACACAUUGUUGUUGAGACUUCAUCAUCCAAAGAUAUUCAUUUUGUUCAUAAUAAUGGUAUUCUUUAUAUUAAAUUAACCAAAAAGAGCAAAGAAGAAAAGAUUAGAUUUGUUAAAACCCCUAAAUAG